AUUCUUGCAGCAGGGCGAGGAGAUAGACCAACAAGCGCAACGUUCUGCGUGCAGUCCACGACUAUUGCAUUUUGUUUCGUUUCGAGGUUGUCUCCGUUUCGCAGCGGUAAGAGUCGUUCAGUUACAAGAUCUUGAAAAAGAAAGGGGGGUGAAAGAUGGUGCAGCACAGGGCUCUGCUGUUGCUCGCCCUCUUAGGAGUCUCUCUUUUUACUAGCUCAGAUGCUGCCAGUGUUGCCAAACGACAAGCAACUACCGUUAUGCAAGGUGACCCAGGUCCUCCUGGUGAAGACUUACCAGCAGUUCCAGGUCCACCGGGACCGAAAGGUGCCCCAGGGAGACCGGGUAGUAAUGGAAAUCCUGCAACGCCGGGAUUAUCCGGACCAAAGGGAGGACAAGGUGACGGUGGUCCAGUUGGGCCCACUGGUCCCCCUGGAGCUCCUGGAGCACCGGCAUUUUUCCCUCUGGGG